UUUGUUUUAUUAUGUGCAAAAAUUAUUUCAGCUGAUGACAUGGGAUUGGGGAAAACCCUUACAAUGAUUUCUUUAGUUCUAAAGACAAGAGAAGAAAGUGAAAAUAAAGAUAUUGCUGAGAAAGAUCCAGAUGAUGAAGAAGAUGAAGAAGGUGAAAUCUCAUGUUUAAGGAAUUGGAAGUAUGAAAAGGGAGGGACAUUGGUUAUUUGCCCGGCAAGUCUUCUUAACCAGUGGGAAGGAGAAGUAAAGAAACGAGUUAAACGAGGUGUAAUAGAUUUAGAGAUCUACCAUGGUACAUCCCGAGAGUCAAGACCUCGUCAACUGGCAAGACAUGAUAUGGUAGUAACGACAUACAGUAUAGUCAGGUCAGAAGGAGGAGUUGUUUCUAGCAAGAAGGGAUCUGGUAAUGCUGUGGACAGUUCAAAGCAGGGUACUCUGUUUGGUGUUAAAUGGGAAAGAAUUGUCUUGGAUGAAGCCCAUACAAUUCGCAACUAUAAGAGCCAGACGUCCAUUGCAGCCUGUGCAUUGAAAGCCAAAUACAGAUGGGCUCUCACUGGGACUCCAAUUCACAAUAAAGAGUUGGAUUUAUAUUCGUUGCUGAAAUUUCUGAGAUGUUCUCCCUUUGAUGAUUUAAUUGUGUGGCGUCGCUGGGUUGAUAACAAAAGUGCUGGAGGAAUGCAGCGAUUAAAUACCGUGAUGAAUUCUUUGAUGUUGCGUAGAACAAAAGAGCAACUUCAGAGCAAAGGAAUACUUUCUUGCCUACCACAGAAGCAAGUGUAUGAGAUCACUGUAAAACUUGAUGAAGAAGAGUUUAUAGUGUAUGAAACAGUUCUAAACUUCUCUAGAACUUUAUUUGCACAAUUCUUGGCACAGAAAAUAGAAAAGGAACAGAUGGCAGAAGUGAAAUAUGGCCAGUCAAAUUACCCCACAUAUAUGCAAGAUGGUGAGAUAUAUAUGAAUGACGAACUGAAAGCUUUGCAUCAAAAAAUGAACAGCAUGGGUGAUGUAAAGACUUUUCAAAUACUGGUUUUACUUCUUAGGUUACGGCAAAUAUGCUGUCAUCCAUCACUUAUUGAGAGUAUGCUAGACAAAGAAAGUUGUGAAAAUGAUGGAAUAGAAGAUGAAACUGGAAUGGAUGUUGACCUUCUUUCACAACUUAGCAGAAUGGGUCUUGAUGACAAGAUUGAAACUAAAUCAGUGGAUGCUGAUGGUUUGGUUAAGAAAAAAGUUCUAGCACAAAACAAUCCUGUUUUUAAGAAAGAUAGGAUCAGUUCUAAAAUGCGUGCCUUGUUCAAUGAACUUGAAGAAAAAGUUAUAGACAAAGGAGACAAUGCUGUCAUUGUGUCACAGUUCACCACAAUGCUGGACUUGGUGCAUCAACACCUGAAGAAAAACCAUGUCAAAUGCUUGAUACUUACUGGUUCUGUACCAGUCAAAGAGCGCAUGGCCUUGGUGGAUCAGUUCAAUAAUUCAUUACAAAAACCCAUGAUUUUGCUGCUCUCCUUGACUGCUGGAGGUGUGGGUCUCAAUCUCAUUGGAGGAAACCAUCUAUUCCUUCUUGACCCUCACUGGAAUCCACAACUGGAAGCCCAGGCAUUUGACAGAAUAUAUCGUGUUGGGCAGAAAAAAUCUGUUCACAUAUACAAAUUCAUCUCUGAAGAGACUAUUGAACAACAAAUUAAAAAAUUGCAGACACACAAAAUGGCCCUUGCCACCAGUGUGUUAACAGGUACAAAGCGUCAUGGAGCAAACAAACUUUCUUUGGAUGACUUAAAGAUGCUCUUCAACUUCCAAGCACCAUCUUAAAUAGCCUAAAUGUGGUUCAACAGUCAUGAGAAUGCUUAAUGGUAUGUGUGAUUGAUUGGAUUGAUUUAAUUUAUAUCUCAUAUUUAAAAGUCCAUUAUGGUUUAUUUUCUGUAUAUCAUAAUUUAAAGAAUUAUGAAGUAAGUACAUGAUUUUGUAAAUGGCAUUGCUAUAUAAAUGAUUAGUUUUGCAGAACUUUCUGUUUUAGUAAGUACAUGAAUGUAACACAUAAUUCAAUGACAUCACCAUCUGUGUUCUGUCGGUGAGGAGAUGAUGGUAUGUAUAACAAAAUCGUAGAUUAUAUCCUUUCUUUGCCAAGGUACAUAAAGAAGUAGUUACUAGUGCACCUCAUCAUGUUGUAGAUUUGAUAGCUGUUAUUUUCAUAUGUAUCUUUGACUGCAAAUAAUUUAUUUUCCAGGUAUGUUAUUUGCCAUGAGGUGCAUUGAAGUGUGUCAUAGAUUUAAUUUUAGAUAAAUAUGUACAUUGUUCUAAUAACAUCUUAAAACUUUGGUCAAUAAAGUACUCUUCAUUUAAUCUUUUAAGAUAACCUCAGUAGUGUUACUGUUCUGACGUGGACAUGGAUUAUGUAGAAAUUUAUUUUUUUAAUAUGUUCCUUUUCAUACCUCACUUUCAGUAACCCAAAGGCUGACUUUUCAUCCUUUUCUUAUUUCUGUCUACUUCGUGGAAAUAGUUUUAUUUCUUUUACAUAAUUUGUAUGAUGUGUGGUUCUACAUCACUUCCACAAACUUUUAUAAUUUUAUAAUUUAUAAAUUGGAAACAACUGCAGAUAAUUAAGUGUGUAUUUCACAUUUAUGUAAUGGAGUAGGGAGAUUUUUCUGUGAAGUACAUUAAAUUGGAUUAAUGUGGUAAAUUGAGAGUAUAAAGUAAUCAUUGCAACAUUAUGAAUAAUUCAUUAUAUAUGGUAUAUAUUCAUGUUUAUUCAGAUGGUGCAAUGAUGUGAAUAUUUUUGUACUGGAGCAUAAUGUGCCAAAAUAAAUGUCCAUAAUUAUUCUGUUA